AGUGUAAUUUUAAAUGAGUUAUAUGGCGGAUUUAAAGGAAAACUGCAUGCACCUUUCUAGAUAAAGGAUACAGACUAAAGUUACAUAAUGUGUAGACCAGAGAGACUAGGAAAGGUAUGCUACCGAUUAAUUGUCCUUUUUAAUUCUAGGGAGUAGCCUAAAUGACAUUCCUAGCUUACGCUUCGUGGUGAAUCAAAACAUAUACUGAUUCGACUCGAAAUUAGAUUCGCAUCUAAGGAAUCGACUCGGUAAAGGGAGUCGUAAUGCCCCUGUACUCUUUUGCAUCCGCUUCCUCUGCCUUUGAUAUGAUAUGAUCACAAGCACCGGACGCUCAGACUCGCAGCCGUCCGUUCCUCCGUUCGUAAGCCCAAGGACGAGGAGACGCACGCGGGACCUCCGGCGCAGCACGCGCGCAACAUGGCCGCGAAAGACAGCGUACCGGCGAGCUUCCUGAGCGUGAGCCGGGAGAUGACAGAGAGCAUCAAGAGGGUGAUUGACAAACCGUCCAUCAAGUUUGCACAAGCCAUCAAAGUGGAAAGCAAGAAUGGGAAAUCAGAAGAUAGGGUUUUGGUGUUGGCUACAUGGCGGCUUUACCUCAUGGCUCCAAAAUUACCAACCAAGGUAGAGCAAACAUUUAACUACCUGGAGAUUCGUGCUAUAAGCCCUCAUCCAGAGAACCAGGUCGUCAUAGAGACGGACAAGUCCACCUACGUCUUCAGGCUACAGUCGAGUGAACACAUGGACCAGCUGCUCGGCCACAUCAACUUCACGCUCUCACGUAUCUUCAACAAUUCCCUCUGCGUUCCCUCUAUCUUUCAAGCAGAUGGUGAGAUUUCUGAUGGGGGGCAUAAAUAUUCGCCAAGCUCGGAAACAUCAGUGGAGGCACAGAGAGCCUGUGGAGGUUUUUCUGAGACCUACGCUGCGCUCUGUGACUACAACGGCAUUAGCUGCAAAGAGGAAGUGCAGUGGGAUGUGGACACUAUAUAUCACUCCCAGGAUAAUAGGGAGUUUAAUCUGUUGGACUUCGCUCACCUGGAGAGCAGAGACCUCGCAGUCAUCGUAGCAUCUUUGGCGUACAAUACAUGGUUCACCAAGAUCUACUGCAGAGACAUGCGCUUAAGCUCAGAGGUUGUGGAGCAGGUUCUCCAUACCAUCAGUAAAUCAAGUAGUCUAGAAGAACUUACUCUGGAGAAUGCAGGCCUUAAAGCAGAUUUCCCUCAGAAAAUGGCUGUCGCUCUGUCGGAAAACCCAGCGUCUGUGCUCCACUCCCUCAACCUGGCCCACAACACGUUCGACAAUCAAGGAGUGUCAAAUCUCAUCCAGCAGGUGUGUCAGCUCAGCAAAGGCCUCCGUCUGCUCAACCUCUCCAAGACCUCAUUCUCCUCUAAAGGUGUUAGUUCUCUGUCUCAAGCUCUAUGUUCCAGUGAUGACUACUCAAGCUCUCUUCUGCAUCUCGACCUUAGCAAGAAUCCGGGCAUUCUUUCAGGGGAGGAUGCUACGAAUCUGUACCUGUUCUUGGCUCAGCCCAACUGCUUAGUGCAUUUGGAUCUCUCAGGCACAGACUGUGCAGUGGAAUCGCUGUUUGGCGCUUUGCUCCGAGGCUGCUGUGCCGAUCUCUCCUACCUGAAUCUCUCUAAGAACUCCUUCUCUCACAGGAAAGCGAAAGAAACGCUGCCUACCUUCCGUCAGUUCUUUACCUCAGCGUUCAGCCUCAGCCAUCUCAGCAUGGCCUCAAUGAAGAUGCCCCCAGAUGUGCUCAGGGCUCUCUUUCUGGGACUGUCAUCCAACCCUCAUAUCUCUGACCUCUACUUGGACAUCAGUGGUUGCGAGCUCAGAUCAGCAGGAGCAGCAGUGGUAAAGGAAUUAUUUCCCCAAGUCUCCUCCAUUAGUACCCUGGACAUCUCAGAUAAUGGCUUGGAUGCGGACCUUUACUCGGUCAUCCCAGCCUUCUCUCGCCACCCCUCCCUCAAGCAUCUGCUGCUGGGCAAGAAUUUCAAUGUCAAGGGCAGGUUGCUGGAUGAAAUCCUACAAAAGCUUGUGCAGUUAGUGCAAGAAGAAGAGUGUGGUCUGCAGAGUUUGUCCCUAGCUGACUCCAGACUGCGAUCCAGAGGAACGGUGCUGGUGAACGCACUCGGCAGCAAUGCAUGUCUCAGGAAAGUGGAUUUGAGUGGCAAUGGUCUGGAGGACACAGGGGCUAGGAUGCUGAGCAAAGCCCUGCAGAUCAACACCACUCUCAGGAGCGUGACAUGGGAUCGGAACAAUACGACAGCAGCUGGGUUUCAGGAUGUAGCACGCUCUAUGGAGCAUAAUUUCACUCUGCAGUGUAUGCCUGUACCACUGAGCGAUGUUACACAGGCAUACCGCAGUUCCCCCGAGAGGACGGAACAGGCAAUGACAAAGAUCCAGCGGGCAUUGUUAAGAAACAACCAGACUCAGCGCUUCUCUCGGAAACAGGCUCUCAGACUGCAUCAGGGCCUGGUGACUAGCACUGCUGAGCAGGUAAUGGAGCGCCUGUGUGUACGCGUUCAGCAGCAGGUAUGCGUAUUAAGAGCAGCAGGUGAAGGAGAGGAUUUACAGGCAGCCAGACAAGUUCUGAAGGAGGCCAGGAACUCUCGCGCUCUUUACCCUUCACUGUGUGAGCUGGCUCAUGUGCUUUCCGUAGAUGGGCCAGUUAGACAGAAAUUGGAGUCUCUCACUGGAGAACUGGCAAAAGCAGCUGACAAAGAGCUACAAGUGAUUGUUGACUCCAUGGUGUCUCUAUGUCGGGAAUUGUGUCCCCUUUCAACAGCUGCAGCAGAGCAUCUUUCUCCUCCUCUCUCUUCUAUCUCUGAGCGUGUGUCCAUCCCUCGUUCUGAUAUCCGCACUGCUCUGAUGGAGAGAGCAGCCCAGGACAUCAACCAAGCUUUAGAAGAAGUCAAGAUGUCUGUGGUUUCCUAUCUCACCAACUCAGUAGUGGACCAGAUCCUUCAAGAGCUCUAUGCCACUCACAAGACACUGCUUCAGCAGGUGGCUCGGGUGAGGCGAGUGGAUGACGGUGCACCGGUCCGUCACACGCUCCGGCAUGCUGACACCGUCGACACCCCCGAGGACGAUUUCAGUAUCAGCAUUGAUACAAUAGCCAUAAAGAAGCGCAGCUCCAGGACACGACGCAUCCGGCCCGUCUCCACCAGGCUGAGUCUAGGUGACGAUCCCAACUUGUCUCCUUCACUUGCAGCACCUCGUCCAUCUGUACCGCUUUCUCACUUAACCUCUUGGGAUAACUUGUCCAGCUUGCCUACCCAAGGUGCACCUCUGCGUCACAUAACCCACAUCAGACCCCGUCCACCGAGAAGGCAUCGACCAGGACACACCCCUCCAGAUAUGCAUUUUUCUGAGAACGGAGGGGUGAACCUGCUGGAUGAUGGACUACCUGAUUUCUACACCAAGAGAGUCUUACCAGACAGUCAGUUGUCCUCGCAUCAUGUCCAGUCUCUGAGGCGGAAGAAGAGGCGCACCGUGCUGUCCAUUUUUACAGGAUUCAGGAAGAACCGUUACUCCGCGUCCUAUCAAGAACCGGAGGCUGCGGUCCGGGGGGAAGGGUGUGGGGAUGAAUGCCGCACCGACACUGGACCUGAGAUGCUGUACUCUGUGAUUCGGCACCCUAAGGAUCGGGGGGCAGAGACAUCAAGAGAGGAAGCCAAUGGUGCUCCAGCAGAUGAAAGACCUCUUCAGGUCUCAGGCCGAGCUUUUUAUGGCAUACUGCUACCGGGGAUGAGGGCAGUGAGUCCCUCCUGCAUCGCACAGAGACACUCACAUAAAUACAGCGAAGUCUUCAUCUCCUCAGACGUCCCCAGAAACAUGGACGAUAAAGGACAAAAAGACAAUCAAGACGAGCCACGUGUCCAGGGUUCGAACUCGUCCUCCGCUCAGUCCUUGGAGGAAGCGACGGCCAAGUCUCAGCAGAGACCCGAGCCUCCUCCUCAGAGCUCAAAGCCGAAACUGGGGAACAUGAGACAGCACCAUCUGAAGGAGAAUUUUGAAGAGAAUGAUGAAGACAGUGCUGAAGAGGAUGCGGAAGGAAAGAAAGAUGUGGACGAUGAAGAAGAGGACAUCCUAAGUCAGGAAGCGCAAUCGCAGAAAGCAGAAGGACAAACUCCUCCCAUCUCUGAAAAGCUGUAUGAUUCACCUGAGGAAUCUAGCGACGAGGCACAGCUUCCUGUACCAGCGGCCCGUACCAAGUCUCCAUACAGAUUGGUAGUUUCUGCGGUCGCUCAAGGUGUGGAGGAAGACGCUUCCCCAAGCUUACUGGACACAAAGACUCACAGAAACCGAAAGGCUCACUCCUGUGAUGCAGGUUUUAAUUCAGGCAUGGAGGACGACAGCCCUGGCGAUGUGGAGAGGUCGUCAGAUCCUAAACCACCGGUGAAAAAGCCUCGGAUUCCCCCAAGGAACAAAUCAUUUGAUACUUCUGGUCAACAAAGUCCGGAGCUAAGCAACAGUGAAUCCUCGUGAUGAAAUAAUUUUGUUUUUUUUGUUGUUGCUGUUUUUUUGUUUGUUUGUUUUUUUGCUUUUUUUCUCCAGGUAGACAGAUAGGGGUCAAGCAAGAGAGUGACAGGGUUGUGAGGAAUGAUGUUAUGCUUGAAUGAAAUUGCAUUCCCAAUUCUGUGUCAAUCAUGUUUCUGUACACACACACACACACACACACACACACACAAAUACACACACACAAAUACACACACACAUUCACACACACACACACACACACACACAUACACACACACACACACACACACACACAUACACACACACACACUGCUUGGCUGGUGGCUUUCAUAACCUUUAAAUGACUUGUUUUGCAUCAAUUCAGUCCAUUUUCUUCCUUCUAUCUGUUCUCCAUCCCCCUCCCCUCACUCUCUUUGCCUUUCCACUUUCACUUUCAUCAGUGUUUAAUCAUUAAGCAGUUCUGCUAUCCCUUCUUUAAAAGGUACAAUAAGCAAUAUCUCCCUCUUGCACCUCAUAAGCUGUGUAUGCUCUUAUUUACUUGCCUGGCUUCUUGCUAUGACUUCAGAACACCAUCAAACAUCCCGCUUUGCCCCAAUUUCUUUUCUGUGCCACCUAGAAAAGCAAUCACACUGGUGGACAAAAUGUCUGGGGGGGGGGGGCCAAAAAAGGUUCCUUCGAAAAUAAAUGAGCAGGGGAUUACUUUUUUUUCUUUUUUUUUUAAUUCUGACUUCAAAAAGUGAUUGCAAUUUCACUUUCAUGUGCAUUGCAGUCGUACCAGACUGAAAUGUCUAAUCACAGCCCUUUGAUAACAUCUUUGAUAACGAUUGCUCCUAUUUUAUCCUGCUGUGAGAUGCAAGUAGGACCUUCUCCAAUUCCCUGAGUACGGCUACGACUGGACAGUGAUUGCGUUUCAGUGUGACACAACUGCGACCCAGUGAUGAAAAUGAAAUGCAGUGCAGCAGGGAAUUUAAUCUGCAUUUCUUUAGUUCAAGGAAUGCAAGAUGCAAUGCCGUGAAGGUUUAACUUUUCAGUGUGGUAUGUUGUCUAUCACAGAUGUUUCAGGUAUUUUGUGAUUGCGUUUCUAUAUGGCACUGAUUCGUUUCCAUAGAUCCCUGUACUUUAUGUUUUGUUUAGAACCUGCAGGAUGUCGGUGUGUAGCAUCUUUAUAGCGACGCAGAGUUAGCUGAUUUUGCACCAAGCGUUGAUUCAUCACGUCUUUAGGCUUGAUGUUGUUUUUCUUUUUUUCUUUCUUUUUUUUUUAAAAAAAAAGAAUGCUAACGGUAUUUCAGAUCAAAACACAGAUGUCAUUCACGUGUAUUCUACGCUGUUCCGUACAGAGCAGAAUUUUACUGUAUUUAAAUGAGCUCUAUUUUUUACUGGUGUUGUGAAUGUGACAAAGUCAAUAAAAAGGAGAAUAUCAAUCCGAGA